AUUUUCCACGCCUCGCAGCGGAGUUUUUGGCUCGGUGUGAGCAUGACUCCUCCUGUACCGACCGGAUACACGAACAGCUUGUAUCAGGUCGGCGAGAGGACCUGGAAUCGUCUUUGCGUUCGAUUCCGUGGGAGGUGUGGGGCGCUAGACGAAAGCCAGGAGCAACAUCAACCCUACACCAAAAGGUAUGGAGGGACCGAUCGAGGACGUUGUUUGAGCUGAGCAAUUUCGAAUCUCCUGAAGAUACAAACAUAAGUAAAUAUUUUUCGCUAAAUGGGCUUAGUACAACGACUAUGACAUCUCAUGUCCUCGAUCGGGCUUUCUCAAAGGUUGAAUCGAAACAAAAUGGAGAAUUUGGAUUCCUACAGAAACUCGCUGCGAAACUUCGAGUGGCUCGCAUGCGGAAGCGAGGGUUUUCAGAACGUGAAGAACGGGAACAAACAGCGCUUUGCGUCCGUGGUGAUGAUGUGA